UUCGUAAUUUGAAUUGGAAGGCGAAUUCUGUAUUUCGGAGCGUUUUGUGUGCAUCUUCGUAACGAAACGCAGAGAAUGACAGAAAUCGUGGAGCAACCCAGCUCUAACCGGAGCAGCAGCGACGGAGAGAAGGAUACAGUGGAGAUAAAUCUCAAGACCAUUGGCCCUGCUCCUCCGACUCUCCUCCGCGUCCCAUCUUCCAUCAAAGUGCACGAUCUGAGAGAAUUGAUUGCCAAAAGUAAGAAUCUACCGAUUGAGAAUUUGAGGCUUAUAUGGCGUGGUAAUGUUUUGCAGGACAAAAGAUUUGAUGAGGACGUGUAUCUUCCGUUCACUGAUGGUGAUUCCUUAAUAGUCGCUGUCAAACCAAAGCCACCAGCUAAACAUCUUAGGGAUGGAUUGGAUAUUGAUGAUGAUGAUCUGAAGUUUCAACUUCCAGCGUCAACAAGCAGGUGGAAGAGGAGGCUCUAUUUUUUUUUACAUGACAAGUUAAAACUUCCAGAUAUCCUCUUGAUGGCAAUCUUCUCCCUGAGUACAAAGGUCUGGGCUGCUAUCAUUUUGUGGUUUAUCUUGGCACCCAUUGCGCAUAGAUGGGAUCUUGGUCCUUUAUUCAUAAUUGGGACUGGCUUUUGUAUCAUUCUCAUGAAUCUUGGACAGAGACAACCUGGUGAUGUCAGUGCAUAUUCUAUCUUCAAUGAAGAUUUCAGGGAGCUUCCCGGUACCCUUAAUGCAGACCGGAUAGAUAGAGAUAUUCGGGCAGGUCAGUUUUGAGCAUGGGAAUACCAUUCUGUUCAUUAAAACGUGGUCUGGUCGAAUUCUCCACAUGGAGAGGAAAGACAUAAAACUCGACCUAGGGACUUGCAGUUGCAUGAUAGAAGUAGGAACUGUAAGUUUGUGUAUAGGAUCCAAAAGUUGUUUUGACCAGUUACUUUGGUGAAAAUGUUAUACUGAUUGUCACUUGAACCCAAUCUUCCAAAUCAUGCUUCUUAUGUUCAUAACAACUGAAGUUGGAGAAUUAGAACAAGAAAUCUGUUGUUUUCUCGUUGCCAUUUUGCUUGAUUAUAA